CUCCGUCCACCGUCGCCCCCCCCCCCCCAACAUCCAUUUGCAAAGGCCGGAGACCAAAAAACCCCACCACCUUUAACCCCCGAACCCUAGCUUACUCGCCGCCACCGCCCACCGUCUCCUGAUCCAAUGGCGCGCAUCCACCUCGUAGCCGUGGCAAUGGCCAUGCUCUUAGCCGUCGCGACGGCGCAGGCACCAGGCGCGUCGCCGACGCCGGCGCCCAGGGCGCAGCCUCCGGCGACCCCGCCGCCGGCGCCGGCACCAGCCCCGGCGUCUCCUCCUCCGGCCUCCGCCCCCGCGCCCUCUCCGACGCGGAAGCCGGCCCCGGCUCCGGCGCCCAAGGCCACGGCACCCGCCCCGGAGAUCCCCGCCUCGCCGCCGGCGCCGAGCUCGAUCGGGCAGACGCCAACGGAGGCCCCGACGUCCCCUCCGCCUCCCAGCGACGCGUCCAGCGUCUCCCCCGCCUUGUUCCUGGCCGCCGGCGCCGCUGUGGCGUUUUUCUUCUGAGGUCGGUGGGUGGGCCGGCCGGCCGGCGCCGAUGGAUCCGCAUCCGCCUGUGUUGUGAGUGUGACACGAUGGCUCUCGCUACUUGUAUUUGUUGGCCGCGUCGUCGUUGCAUUGCAUUCGGGUUUAUUACUAGCAUAGCAUAGCAUACUACUGCUUUCCUAGCUGGGUUCGAUCUGUGCGUGCGUGGUGAGUGAGAGAGAUUGAUGAGUCGAGAGACAGACAGUUGCUAUGUGGGUUGGGAUGCCAUUGUAUAAUCCCUCGUUUUUUUUUACCGUAUUCUUUGUUUCGUCUACAUACAGAUCUGCUCUGCUUGCUCGCUAGGAGUAUUAUUUAUCUUAUUUCUUAUUAUAUAUAUAUAAGUUAUUAUUAUUA